AUGACUCCGGCUACACCCACGCGCCGGCAGCCUGGGGUCCCGGCAGCCUUCAAGACUGGCCAAACAGAUGUUUUGUACCAACGGCAUCCCUACCGCCCCGUCCGGGCGCCAGUCUCUCAGGUAGUGUUGGGCCCGAAGGGGCUGUCGCCGCCACCGUUGGAGCAGCCCAGGCGGUUUCAACAGCUCCAAGCCGCAGCGUUGUCAGCUUGUUCGCUUCGGACAACAUGGAAGGUGCCGAAACGCGGAAGUUGGGCCCCAAGUCCCUUCGGCGGAAUUCGCAGCAAGUCAGUUCUGCCCCCAGACCUGCGGUUGCGGAGGCAGCUAUCCCUGGUAGUGGCGGCGACACAGCGCCAAUUGACUACGCCGGUUGCACAUGCCGUUCCCGCAACGGCAGCCGCUGUGGAAUGCUCCGAGGUUGCCGAGGCAGGCUUGGCGUCCAAAGCGCAACCCGACUCGGGCGGUGCUGGCGAGGCCUGCGAAAUGGAGGACGCCAAGCCAUCCGGCAGCUGGCGUAUCGAGCCAGAAGUCCUAAAGCAGGAAGCUAUGCAGGGCCUCGCGUCAAAGAACCCACAUCUCCCGCAGCCGGUCCGCGUCACAGUCGGACCUAACGCCUUCCGCCAGCAGCAGCAGCAGAUCCACAACCACCAGCAAUCUUCGUUGCAAUCUCAGCAGCAGCAGCAGAAUGCCAUACCCCAAGCAGCCAAGAAGAGGGGCCGAGACGCCGGAGGGGCCUCGCACCGGCAGUGGGGAUCGGCGGAUGGGGACGAUAGUGACGGUCAGAAGAAGCGCGGCGGCAGUUCCCGGGGAGCUGCAGGUCGUGGAGCCCGGCGGGAUGCGGACGACAUUGAAGACAAGCCACCCGUUUUUGGCAUGUUUUAUCCAGAUCGGUACAUGGUUGGCGUCGAUUGCAUCCUGGUUGAUGGAAUGUUCGUCAGUAGGAGCAGGUUUGAGAAGCUUGGCGGCUCGCUGAUGGCCAAGUGGUACAGAAGCAUACGCGUAGUUGACACCGCGGAGCCCUUGGGGGCCUGGCUUGAGCGCCACAACUUGCCGGUGUUCACUGGAAAGGCGCGGCAACGACGCCAGCGUGGCGCACCAUCUACUAAUGCCAGCGCCGCUGCAGCAAUGGCAGCGGCAUCCGCGGCUGCAGCGGCGAACACUAACAAUACCUUGGCUGGGGACACGGACAAGAACAGAGGGAGCAGCAAUAACUUGGGCUUGGACGUGGACGCCGGCACGAGCGCCUGCGGCACAGACGGCGCAUGGCCUGCGUGUCUGGAUGUCAAGGCGGAACCUGAGAGGUUUAGUGCGAUGGGUGCGGGGCUUGCGGUUGGCGAGGCACUUACUCCCGGCCAUGGCGGCAGUGGUGGCAGCGGCAGCGACGAAGGUUUGGCUGCGGACCUGUCCGUAACACAAAGAUCUCGCCCGGGGUUCCCCGCGGACAAGAUGUCCCGACUGGAAGGCACGCUGGGUGUGGACAAUGCUGAUUAUUGGCAGGGUAUGCGUCCGCUGAUGUUGGGGCAACGGUCGAUGAUGAUCGGGAUCCACUUGUCCGACACGGAGGCGUUAAAGCUUUCAAACCUUUCUCAUACAGCACUCGCAGCCCGUGACAGCUUGGCUUGGGGCCCCGGCAGCUUGCCAGCAGGUGACUGCGCAUAUGACGGCGCAGCUUGUCCACCUACGGGCCUUUCCAUUCGGCGGUUCGGCAGCGAUGGCGAUGCCGGACUGGCAGCCGGUGCCCACACGCUGGGAUGUGCAGGCCCCUCGAAGUUAGCUGCUGAGGCCACCGUUAUGCGCGCACCAGCUGCCGUGGGGAAGGUUGCCGGCGGUGGCUGCUAUGGGGAUGUCAGUGCCGUUGCCGGUUGUACCGAAGCAGGGGAGCUUUCUUUAGCGCCGGCUUCCUCCUGCCGCCUGCCCGAAAGCACUUCUCUAGAGUCUGCCCCGACCACCUCUUCAAGCCGUUGGACUAGCAGUAACUUCGUCCUUAGCCCAGGUGCGGGUGGCCUGAUGCAGUACAAUUCGAUUGAUCCCGUCAAUGAGGACGGCGGUCCUGCCGGACGGCAUGACUGGGACUCGGACAGUUGGGCUUACCCGUGCGGUCCCCUGCCACCGGAUAUGUCAGCGCCGGCGCAGGUGCCAACCCCAGCGCAGUACGGUCAAUAUGAAUUACAGCAGCAGCAGCAGCAGCUGCACAAGCAGUUGUACCCGGCAAUGUCGCGGCAGCAGAUGCACGACCCGCAGCUCGGUGCUCCACCAACCGUCUGGCCGCAGUCACGCACCAAGCCGCAGCAGGAGGAAAUAAAUCGCACAGCACAAUCCCCGUUUGUGCAGGUGCAGCAGCAAGGUACCGAGCAGCAGUCCUUACAGGGGGACAGCUCGUCGUUCUCCGUGUCCGGGGGGGCCCGCGCCCAGUCCCAGCUGCAACCUGCGCAGGGUGGCGUGAGCGUUGCAACAGCGAUGGCACCGCCGUUUCCAGAGGCGAUUGACCCCGGGCUGCCGUCCUUGGUAUCGCCGCCUGUAUUGGUACCGGCGGCCACUGCCGAGGCGACGGAUAGCCCGGCGCAACUCACACCCCAAAAGUCCGGUCAUAUGUACCCGCCCUCAAGCCGCCAUUGGCCGCCGUACAGCAACCAUUACUGGCCGUGCCAUCCAUACCCGCCUGGGCACACACGAAGUGUGCCGGGAAUGCCGCCGAGGCUUCCGGUGGGUCCAGGGGGCCCUGUUAGGCCGUACCAAAGGAACGUGUACCCUCGCGAGAUGACUCCGCCGGCGCCGGCACCGUCUCCCGCGCCGUUUACCCCACCAUAUGGAUGCUAUUACUCGCAUCCGUACCCCAGACGAGGACUUCCGCCGACCACGUAUCGUCGACGAUAUGCGGCGCCAGGCCCAGGGACCGUGGAUGUGCCACCAGGCGUAUACGGCGCUCGGUAUGAGGCUGCCGCCCUAAGCGGUCCGUACGUUCCUGGCAGGCCGGAGGUGGAGGCGCCGAUGGAUGGCGCAGCCGCCGGCUCUAUGUUGCACCCAACGACAAGCGCAUGCUUGGAUGAUGUGGGGUUAUCGGUAGCAGGCACGUCGGCGUGCAUGCCCGCGGCCCCAUCAGUCUCCCGUGCGCCUCCUGGAGGUGCUGUAGCAGGCGGCGACAGCACGUGUGGCACAGCUGCCGGAGCUGCGUCUGGACGCAUGAGCAGCGGCGGCGCUGUCAUGCCACAAACGGAGCUGCAGCCGCCGUCAUUGCCGCUGCAGCAGCAACACCGCGGCAUUGCGACAGCGGCUUCCAUGACGACGGCAUAUCCAUACAGUUGGGCUUCAACUCCGCAGCACGUCGCCAGGCCAUUCCCCACUAACAGCCGGAACCAACAUCCGCAGCACAUGCAUGAAGGCGGCUUUGCAGCGGACAUGGGCAUGGGGUUGACUUCGAGCAGCGCCGCGGCCAGCUACAGGCCCCAGGUGCCGGGCCUGCUCUUGGACCGCCGGCGGGGGGGGUGCCGUCUCGAGCCGCACUGUGUGGAAACUGUCCGCAGUUGCGGCUCUUCUAAGUUUAAGCUGCCGCUGGGCCGCCUGCCGUUGCCUGCAUGUGGACUGGUGUUCGUUGUUCGAUGUCGGACAAUUGGGGAGGGGCUUGAGGGUCCUUGGACUUCCUCGUACGUCAAGAUGUUGGCGCUCACCCGGGCGGCAGGGUUUGGGGAUAGCUUUUGCAGUGUUGCAUCAUCAUUCUUGAACCCAAUUUGA